AUGGACUCUGACGCAGAGGCCUGCAACGCAGCCCGUUGCCUGCCAAGAAGAUGGAGUCUGUGCUCCUCCGCCUCGACAGCGACCGGCCGAAAGUUCACGCUCGCCAAUACAAGCAAAUGCGAAAGCGGCUGGAAUGCAUUUCUCCACUGGCUGCUUCAACUUUCCGUCAAACAAACAGCAGUAGAUCAUUCCAAAAAGAAAAACAUGUAUCUCUUUGGCAACGGAGGGGAGGGGAGGGCAGACAGAGAAACAAUGACGACAAACUCCACGCUAGUCGGUACAUCCCAUCUCCAGACCAAUGUGGUCCUCGAGCGGCCUGCAUCCGUGACAGACCGUGGUUACACAUUUGCCGGCACGCACGACUGGCGCUAA